UGACCAACACUGUUGCGAUAAAACAAGUAAAUUAGCCAUGGACAAAUCGAUAUUCUAUUGUUUAAACCCGCGUUCCACUCAAAGGGGCGGGGCCAGGCUUACACGUGGGCGGAUGUUUCGUUGCUAUGGUUACAGAAUAGCAUGUAGCUCGAGCUCACGUCGCAAACUAUUGUCGAAAAGUCGAAAAUACUUGCUUGAGCCCAUCUCGCCAGAUAUUUAAGGUAAUUUCCAAAAGAUAAAAGCCCAAGUCAAAUUAUUGUUUUUAAAAAAACAAUUUCUGGGCAUGCACACUGACGUUAGCUACCGGUAAAAGCUAACAACAAAGAUUCCGGUGUUGAAGGCUGUUCAUGCACUGGUGUUUCCGGUUAUGUUUCAAAUUAAAUGUAGUUACAGGCUGCCUGGAGCGAAAACUGAUCAAUGCGCAUCCAUUUUAUAUUAAAAGUUCUGUCAAUACCAAUAAUAAGUUUGUUGGACAUGAACGAAAGAACAGUAAGGAUUACUGUUGUCUGCGCGAGGUUGCGUUUACUUUUAUUUUUAAAGGAAACAAAUCGACACUGGAAAUUCAAAUGACACUGAAAACCAACCUCAACCACUCGCAGGAUUCUUAAUCCUUGUUGCUGUUCGCCGCGUUUCUUUUGCCGGCGUUAAUUUCGUUCUUUAGCUCGCUCUAUGACGUCCAGGGUGAAGUGAAGCCCUCGCCAAGGUUGUGUUGUGGUCGUCAGCAGUAGCGGCAGCGGCAGCAGCGAGCAUGUCCGGCGACCUCGCUGCCGUAUGGGACGUCGCGUUGAGCGACGGGGUCCACAGGAUCGCCUUCGAGCACGGCACCACCACCGGCAAGAGGGUCAUCUACGUCGACGGAAAGGAGGUGCUGAGGCGGGACUGGAUGUUCAAGCUGGUGGGCAAGGAGACGUUUGCGGUGGGCAAGCUGGACGCCAAAGCCACCAUCAACAUCGACGCAGUCAGCGGCUUCGCCUACGAGUACACGCUGGACAUCAACGGCAAGAGUCUCAAGAAGUACCUGGAGAACAGGGCCAAGGUGACCAGCACUUGGCUCCUCAACCUGGACGGGAUGGAUUCCAGGGUGGUCUUGGAGAAAGACACCAUGGAUGUUUGGUGUAAUGGACAGAAGAUUGAAACUGCCGGCGAGUUUGUGGACGACGGCACCGAAACUCAUUUCACCCUGGGCGAGCACAACUGCUGCGUCAAGGCGGUGAGCAGCGGAAAGCGACGGGACGGACUCAUUCACACCCUUCUCGUGGACGGAGCCGAGAUAGCUGAAUGCACCGAGUGACUUUUUGGGUCUCGUGGAUCUGCUGUUAGGAGACAUUCUGAAAACACUGGAAAACCCUCUUGUACUGCAUUGUGGGGGGAAAAAAAACAGGAACAUCAUCUGAAUGCCGAAGAGCCACCCCUUAAAUUCUGUCCUUUUUUUUGUCCUUCUGUUCCCUCCACGUUCCUCAAAGGAUUUCAACCUUCCCAGUCUCAAAUUGUACACAUUUCAACAAUUCAUCCAUUGCAAUUUCCAUUUAGCGUCCGCUCAUACGCAUUCGUACACAAUUUCUACAGAAACUGCAUUUUUUUUCGUUUGAUGGACCGGUGAAUGUAGUGUCAGGGUUGAAUGAAAACAUUUCACACUCCCGAGAGCGCUUUCACAUGGCAACAUCAAAUUCGGUUGGCUCGUCUCAUGUGAGCAGACCCACAAAAACGUUUCAAGAAGCCAUUCCUGAAUCGAAGUCUGCCACGUUCGUUUUAAGCUGCCAUUCUCGGGUCAUUUGGCAAUUUUCCAGGGGACCUUUAAAGCCAAACUCGAGAGAGAGAGAUUUAUUUUUUUUUCCCUGAAUUACUCCUAAUUUUGGAGCACCUAUAGGAGACGGAUAAGUUGUUUUGACAUGUCGUGUUUUUGAAUUUGGAAUGUCAAAGUUUGACCUCCAGCAGUUCUGUGGCGUUACUUGAAUUGAAGAUAGUUCUGGUCUCCAUGUUUUCCAGUGAACAUAAGCUAGAGAUUGAGAUACUGUGUAAGUGUGUCGUUUGGGACCAGCGUUAUUUUACAAGUCAAUUGCUGUGAAGUAGCUGAGUAGCAAUUGUUUUUGUUACGCCAAAUGCAAUAAAUAGUGAACUUUGUUUCUCAAGUAUUUCUGGUAAGAAACAAAAUAAAAACCUCAGCGCUUUA